AUGAAUAUGGACGCCUCCGCCCUCCAAGUUCAGAGAGCUGCGGUGGUCCAUAAUUCAGUCGAGGAUAAUGAGGCUCAUCAAGUGGUCGUCGCGGCCCCUUCAAAGACCAUAUCAGGAAGAGGAUGGGGAAUUUUGUCGAAGCUGCUUGGUGCUGUUGGCGCUCUCGCACUAGGACUCUACGUGUCAUCUGGCUAUGGAUAUGAACGAACCGUCGACCCUCUUGAUUUCACAGGCCGGACUGAGCGAGUCCUGAAGACAACACCACUAAUUGAUGGACACAAUGACCUGCCCUAUUUACUGCGACUUGAAUUGAAGAACAGAAUAUAUGACGAGGGCAAGUUUACGUUCCGUGAAGGCCUCGCCAGCCACACGGAUCUUCAAAGAAUGAAGGAGGGCAGAGUAGGCGGACAGUUUUGGUCCGUCUUCGUCGAGUGUCCAGAAAUUGUCCAUCUUGAUGAUCCCACCCACUCCGUACGAGAUACACUCGAGCAGAUCGAUGUGGCCAAGCGUAUGAUUGCUUACUAUGACGAACUACACUAUUGCGAAUCUUCCAGCUGCGUGACCACCGCUUUCAAAAGAGGGAAAAUGCCGUCCAUGCUUGGAGCAGAGGGGAUGCAUCAAGUGGGCUCCUCUAUCGCAGUCAUCAGGCAGCUGUUCGACGCGGGUGUGCGAUAUAUUACUAUAACUCACAACUGCGACAACCCGUUUGCCACGGCUGCGUCAACUGUGACAGAAACUGGCAAGGACGCUGGCCUUUCUGACUUUGGUGUUGCAGCAGUGGUCGAGAUGAACAGACUCGGCAUGAUGAUCGAUCUGUCUCAUACGUCUCACAAUAGUAUGCGUCAGAUACUCGACAUCACGCGCUCUCCGGUGAUCUUCAGCCACAGCGCCUGUUACCAUCUGGCUAGGAACUACCGGAACGCUCCUGACGAUGUCAUAGCCAGACUCAAGACAAAUGGUGGCGUUCUCAUGGUCAUGUUCGUCAAACGCUUUUUAAAUGCCCAAAAUCCAGAAGCUGCUGACCUCGAAACGGCUGUCGACCAUAUCAUGCAUGUGGUUGAGGUAGCAGGUUGGGAUCAUGUCGGUAUCGGAGCCGACUUUGACGGAACAGUGACUCUGGCUAAUGGUAUAUCGUCUGUUGCGGACUAUCCAAAACUGAUAGAAGCUGUCAUGAGAAGGGGCGCCACUGAUGAGCAGGUCCGAAAGCUUGUGGGGGAAAAUAUCUUGAGGUACGAGCCCAAGAAUACAUCGUCGCUCAUUCUUCUUGAUUACUAA